AUGGCGAUGCCGGAGCUGCCCUACAAGGAUCUGCUGGAGCGGCGCCAGUUCGGGAACGGCUCCCAGGUUCGGCGCUUGCGGGCCUGGAAUUCCCUGGAUUGGGCGCUUUAUUCCCAUUUUAACCGCAGCUUCUGGCGCCACGCCGAGCGCUUCGGGCUGGCGCGGCUGCGGCGGGAGGCGGCGGCGCUGAGGCGGCGGCGGGAGGAGCUGGCCCGGCGCUGCCUGAGGGGAGGCGGCCCCGUUCCCGCCCGCGCCAUUCCCGACGGGAACCUGCGGCCCUUCCAACCGCCGGGAGGCGGCCAAAUCCUGGGCUUCGCCCUCAGGGAAGGGCUGGGGGAAGAGGAGCGGCAGCUCUGCGGCCGAAUGGCCAUGCCGGAGCUGCCCUACAAGGAUCUGCUGGAGCGGCGCCAGUUCGGGAACGGCUCCCAGGAAUUCGGGAAACGCGAAUUUUCGCCUCACGCCUCGCUCCGCUUCGCGCCUCACACAAUAAAGACGAGCGCUGAUUGGCUGGGCGAGCUGUCAAUCAUUUAUACCGAGCGUGUGAUUGGUUCGCUGAGCCGCGAGCUCAAGGCGGGAUUCAACGGCGCCGAAAUCCGAUUGAAAUCCCUGUGCGGGCGGGAGUGGAGCGAACGCUUCCGUCUGCUGCCGGCCACCUUCGAGGCGCUGCGGGCGCGGCUGGGAGCGGCCAUCGGCCGCAGGGACACGGCCAUGAGGCGAGCGGUGCCCGCCGAGAUCCGCCUGGCGCUCACCCUCAGCCGCCUCGGCUCCCGCACCGAGUACCGGGCUCUGGAGGCCACGUUCGGCGUGUCCCGGAGCUCCGUGUGUAAAAUCCUGCGGGACGUGUGCGGGGCCGUGGUGGCCAUCCUGGGACACCAGCACGAGGAGGAGGAGGAGGAGGAGGAAGGGGAGGAAGGGCGGAGCCUGGCGGGGGUCGUGGCUCGGCUGCGGAUCCCGAUCCGCGCCCCCCCCAACCGCGACAAUCGCGACAAUCGCGACAACAACCGCGGGAAUAAUCGCGGGAACAACCGCGGGAAUCGCGGGAACAAUCGCGGGAAUCGCGACAACAAUCGCGGGAAUCGCGACAACAACCGCGGGAAUAAUCGCGGGAACAACCGCGGGAAUCGCGGGAACAAUCGCGGGAAUAAUCGCGGGAAUCGCGGCUAUCGCGACACCAAUCGCGGGAAUAAUGGCGAUAAUCGCGGGAAUAAUGGCGAUAAUCGCGACAAUCGCGGGAACAACGGCGGCUAUCGCGACAAUCGCAGCAAUAAUCGCGACAGGGCCGGGCACGCGCUGACCCUGCAGGCCACGGUGGACGCGCGCGGCUGCCUCUGGAAUGUGGAAUUCCAGCGGCCGGGAACCGGGAUCCGACAAUCGGCGCUGUUCCGGUGGCUCCAGCGGCGGCACCGGGAGAGCGGGAACAUCCGUGAAAACUCGGGGAAUCCCGAUGGGAACCUGGGGGAUUCGGGGAAUCCCGGUGGGAAUCCCGGUGGGAAUCCCGGUGCCAAUCCUGAUCUAACUCCCGGUAAUUCCGGUUUGAAUCCCGGUGUAAACCCGGUGAAUCCCGGUUCCAAUCCCGGUGCCAAUCCCGGUGCCAAUCCUGAUCUAACUCUCGGUAAUUCCGGUUUGAAUCCCGGUGUAAAUCCCGGGAAUCCCGGUGUGAAUCCCGCUGCCAAUCCCGGUGUAAACCCGGUGAUUCCCGGUUCCAAUCCCGUUUCCAGCCCCGUUUUCCCGGUGAUCCCCCCGUAUUUCCUGGGCUCCCGGCGGGACCCGCUCCUGCCCUGGCUGCUGCGGCCGUUCCGGGCGGGCUCGGCCCGGCUUAACCGGGGCUCGGAGAGGGAGAGCCGGGUUAACCGGGGCUCGGUCCGGGUUAACCGGGGCUCGGAGGGGUCGGUCCGGUCUGACCAGGGCUCGGAGGGGGAAGCCCGGGUUAACCGGGGCUCGGUCCGGGUUAACCGGGGCUCGGAGGGGUCGCUCCGGGUUAACCGGGGCUCGGAGGGGUCGGUCCGGUUUAACGGGGGCUCGGAGGGGUCGGUCCGGUUUAACCGGGGCUCGGAGCGGUCGGUCCGGUCUGACCGGGGCUCGGAGGGCUCGGUCCGGGUUAACCGGGGCUCGGAGGGGUCGCUCCGGGUUAACCGGGGCUCGGAGGGGUCGCUCCGGGUUAACGGAGGCUCGGAGGGGUCGCUCCGGUCUGACCGGGGCUCGGAGGGGUCGCUCCGGUCUGACCGGGGCUCGGAGGGGUCGCUCCGGUCUGACCGGGGCUCGGAGGGCUCGGUCCGGGUUAACGGGGGCUCGGAGGGGUCGCUCCGGUCUGACCGGGGCUCGGAGGCGUCGCUCCGGUCUGACCGGGGCUCGGUCCGGGUUAACGGGGGCUCGGAGGCGUCGCUCCGGUCUGACCGGGGCUCGGUCCGGGUUAACGGGGGCUCGGAGGGGUCGGUCCGGGUUAACGGGGGCUCGGAAGGGGAAGCCCGGGUUAACCGGGGCUCGGUCCGGGUUACCGGGGGCUCAGAGGGCCGGUGUGACCGGGGCUCGCUCCGGUUUAACCGGGGCUCGCUGGGGGAAGCCCGGUUUAACCGGGGGGCGGCUCUGGCGGCCCGGGGGGCUCGGGGGGCUCUGCGGAGGCUCCGGGGCCGCUGGCGCUGCCUCGGGCACCGCAACGACACCGAGCUCCGGUUCCUGCCCACGCUGCUGCUGAGCUGCGUCCUGCUCCACAACCUCUGCCAGAUCCGCGGGGAUCCGCUCCCGGACCGGGAACGGCACCGGGAAUACCGGGAACAGCGCCGGGAAUACCGCCGGGAAUACCGGGAAUACCGCCGGGAACAGCGCCGGGAACAACGGGAGAGACAACGGGAACAGCUCCACAACCUCUGCCAGAUCCGCGGGGAUCCGCUACCGGACCGGGAACGGCACCGGGAACAGCGCCGGGAAUACCGGGAAUACCGCCGGGAACAACGGGAGAGACAACGGGAACAGAACCGGGAACAACGGGAGAGACAACGGGAACAGCUCCACAACCUCUGCCAGAUCCGCGGGGAUCCGCUCCCGGACCGGGAACGGCACCGGGAACAGCGCCGGGAAUACCGGGAACAGCGCCGGGAAUACCGCCGGGAACAACGGGAGAGACAACGGGAACAGAACCGGGAGCAACGGGAGAGACAACGGGAACAGAACCGGGAGCAACGGGAGAGACAACGGGAACAGCUCCACAACCUCUGCCAGAUCCGCGGGGAUCCGCUCCCGGACCGGGAACGGCACCGGGAAUACCGGGAAUGUCACCGGGAACAACGGGAGAAACACCAGGACAAACCCCGGGAAUACCGGGAGAGACACCGGGAACACCGGGACGACCUGUGCCAGCCCCGGGGGGAGCCGCUGCCCCCGCGGGAACACCGGGAAUCCCGGGAACAACACCGGGAACAGCACCGGGAACACCGGGAACAGCACCGGGAAUCCCGGGAACAGCACCGGGAACACCGGGAACAGCACCGGGAACACCGGGAACAGCACCGGGAAUACCGGGAACAACCCGGGGAACACCGGAACCGCCCCGAUUCCGACCCAAAUCCCCCCGAUUUGAACCCAAAUCCCCCCAAUUUGAACCCAAAUCCCCCCGAUUUGACCCCAAAUCCCCUCGAUUUGAACCCAAAUCCCCCCGAUUUGAACCCAAAUCCCCCCAAUUCUGACCCAAAUCCCCCCAAUUCUGACCCAAAUCUCCCCAAUUCUGACCCAAAUCCCCCCGAUUUGAACCCAAAUCCCCUCGAUUUUUACCCAAAUCCCCCCGGUUCCGAUUCCCGCCCCAAUUCCCCCGGUUCCAGCUGCGGUUCCAGCCCCGAUUCCCUGGAUUUCAGCCCAAAUUCCCUGGAUUUCAGCCCAAAUUCCCUGGAUUUCAGCCCAAAUUCCCUGGAUUAUUCCAGCCCAAAUUCCCUGGAUUUCAGCCCAAAUUCCCUGGAUUAUUCCAGCCCCGGCUCCCCCCAGGAGGAUGAGGAGGAUGAGGAGGAUGAGGAGGAUGAGGAGGAAGGCCGGAGGCUCCGGGCGGCCGUGGUGGCGGCGCUCGAGGGGUGAGGACCCGAAUUUGGGGGGUUUAAACCCAAAUUUUGGGGUCCCGAGAUGAUUCUGGGGGGUUUAAACCCGAAUUUUGGGGAUCCCGAGCUGAUUUUGGGGGGCUCAGACCCGAAUUUGGGGGUCCCGGGGCGAUUUUGGGGGUCCCAGACCCGAAUUUUGGGGUCCCGAGCUGAUUUUGGGGGCUCAGACCCAAAUUUGGGGGUCCCGGGGUGAUUUUUGGGGGUUUAAACCCAAAUUUGGGGGUCCUGAGCUGAUUUUUGGGGGGCUCAGACCCGAAUUUGGGGGUCCCGAGGUGUUUUAGGGGAGUUUAAACCCAAAUUUGGGGGGGUUAAACCCGAAUUUUGGGGUCCCGAGCUGAUUUUAGGGGUCCCAGACCCGAAUUCGGGGGUCCCGAACUGAUUUUGGGGGUCCCGAGGGGAUUUUGGGGAGUUCAGACCCAAUUUGGGGGUCCCAGACCCAAAUUUGGGGGUCCCGAGCUGAUUUUAGGGGUCCCAAACCCGAAUUUGGGAGGAUUUGGGGAAUUUUCCCUGGAUUUUGGGGCUCCCGAGGGGAUUUGGGGGAUCCCAGAGGUUCCAAUCCCAAUUUUGGGGGGUCCUGGGGCAAAUUUUGGGGUCUCCAGGAGGUUUUGGGGGUCCCAGAACCUGGAAAUUUGAGGAUUUUGGGGCGUUUUAACCCAAAUUUGGGCUGGAAAAGCCCCAAAAUCGCCGGAAUUUUUCCCUUUUUUGUUUCCCCCCCUCCUCUGACGUUUUUUAAUAAAUUCCUCGGAUUUUGUCCCAAAAUCGUUUUUAUUCCAAUAAAUAAACGUUACAAAAGGGGGGCGGGGGAGGGGCGGGCGCGAGACCCCCGAAAAGUGACGUUUAUCCAAAAUAAAAUAAAAUUUAAAAUAAAUUCCCAAAAAAACCCAAAAAAACCCCAAAAAAAACCCCAAAAAAAUUCCCAAAAAAGUGAUUUUUACCCCAAAAAAUCGGGAGGAAAUCGGGUAAAGGAAGGGUUGGAAAAUGAAGAUUUUUGGGAAUAAAAAAUCCCUAAAAUUGACCUAAAAAAGGCAAAAAAUGGAGCGGGGGAGGAGAAAUCCAGGCCCGGAAAUUGUAAAAAUUAUUAAAAAGUCCCUAAAAAAGGGGGGAAAUUGGGAAAAAAAUGAAGUGAGGGGAGGGGUUGGAAAAACCCCCGGAAUUGACCUGAAAAAUGUAAAAAAACGGCCCCAAAAAUGGGGAAAAUCGGAGGGAAAAGGUAAAAAAAAAUUGGGGGAAAAAAGGGAAAAAUGAAAGAGAAAAAGGAAAAA